AUGGCAGAGGAACAACGAAGUCUUCGUGCCGCCUACGAGGAUGCCGAGGCAAGACGCAACAUUAUCGAAUCCAGCUUCGACAGCAAUUCAUCCGCCUUCCAAGACAAUCUCGUAUCCGCAAUCAAGCUGUAUGAAGAAUGUGUCAAGAUCGCGGACCAGGUAGCACUUUUCAGUCCGAACGAGACGCUUGAGGAUAUAAGCUCGGUCGACCUUCAGUACCUGCUUCUCAACUACCGCAUCGCCGAGCUCAUACUCCGGUUGAACUCGCGCGAUGAGCGAAAAGAGAACAUAUCCCGCGCUCAGCGCAGCUAUGAGAACUUUCUCAAGCAGCUCGACAAUUACGACAUGCUCGCGAAAGCCGACGCACAGCUGCUCGAACAAUACCUCGACUCUCCCACCACGUUCUCCGCCGCGUCCACCACAGAUCCCGCCUCAAGACGAGAUACGAAGAUUAAGCGUUUCAAGGAAGAGAAAGCAUUGCGGCAGAAGCUAGACUAUCUUCGCCAGAAUCCUCUGGCAGUACAAAAUGACGAUGAUGCCUACCGCGAGCUGCAGGUGACAAACAUUGCUUUCGCGACCCACCAGACCUUCGCCGCCUUGGAGUCCAUUGCCCAGGAGCUACAUAUACUAUCUAUGGCGCCUCCUGCACAGUCGCCAUCUGCACAACCGAGGAUAGAAGACGGUCGUGAGAGGAAUGGUAGAAGUGAUAGAUAUAGCGAACGUCUGGAUGCCCCUCUUUCCCACAUGUCAGCAGGUAUGAAGGGUCCUCUGCUUGACAAGUCUGGCAAGCCCCUUCGCCCAUUUACUUUGACCGGCAAGCGAACGGAAUUCCGUGAAGGUGUAUUCAGGCCUGAUCACAGCUUACCGACCAUGAGCAUCGAUGAAUAUCUCGAGGAGGAGAGGAAACGCGGAGGCAUGAUUGAGGGAGGUGGAGCCCAGAGUCAGGUUACCCCUGUGGUUGAUGAGGACGACUUGGAAGCGGCAGAUGCUGCAACUAUGAAGGCCCGCGAAUGGGAUGAAUUCGUGGAGGCAAAUCCGAAGGGGAGUGGAAAUACUAUCAACCGAGGGUGA